AUGGACAUCGCCGGGUGCUGCUACUACGCCGCCGUCCACGACUGGUUCCGCCCGCCGAUCAGGGAAGAGGAUCAGGUGCCCGCUUACCUGCCGAUCCCGGCGAUGGCUGCCGUCGACGUCGACCACUACCUCUACCACCAGCAGCUUCAGGUUGAGUUUGGUGGUUCGUCGUCGUCGCUGGCGUUGCCUGCGCCUGCGACGGCCGGUGGCCGCCACGACGAAGAGCUGCUGCCGAUGGUGCCCUUCAGCGACAUCGACCUCGACGCGUUCGACGACGUCCUGCGCGACGCGGACGAGCUCCAUGGCAGUCCCCCGGCCCAGCCGCAGAGCCUCCACGCGGCGGUCGCGCCGGCGGCUGGCGGUGAUCAUGGCGACCACUUCGGGACUCGGAGCGACGCGUCCCUUGACAUGGAGCUCGACGCGACGAAGCAACGAGCUGGCCCCGCUCUCGUCGGCGGUGACCAGUCGCUGUCCGUGGUCGUGGUCGAGGGCUACGAGAUGGGCGUGAGAUACGCCGCCGAGCACAAGCUGGAAACGACACCACCCAAGAAGGAGACCCCUCUUCCUCUAUCGCCGCCGCCGCGCGUCGUAAGCCGACGCAACGGAGCGGCGCCGGCGGUCGGGAAGACUCGGCUGGACCACAUCGGGUUCGAGGACCUCAGGAGGUUCUUCUACAUGCCCAUCACCAGGGCGGCGAGGGAGAUGAACGUGGGGCUGACCGUGCUCAAGAAGCGCUGCCGCGAGCUCGGCGUCGCGCGGUGGCCGCACCGGAAGAUGAAGAGCCUCAGGUCCCUCAUCCUCAACGUGCAGGAGAUGGGGAGCAAGGGCAUGUCCAUCGACGCCAUGCGGCGGGAGCUGGCGGCGCUGGAGACCUGCUGCGCGAUGAUGGAGGAGAACCCGGCGGUGGAGCUGACGGAGCGGACCAAGAAGCUAAGGCAGGCGUGCUUCAAGGAGAACUACAAGAGGAGGAGGGAGGCCGCCGUCGACGUGCUCCACCACUGCUUCAGCUUCGCCGCCGGCCACCGUAACGGAGAAGAUGAUUUCUUCGGCUACUGA